AUGGAUGUCCAGAACUACAGUGUGAUCCAGACACCCUCGUCGGCUGGGAGCAGGGGCCACAACGCCAAAGAGAGCAGUUAUGAAGUGGAGAGGAGCGUCAUGACGGUGGAAAACAUGCUGGAGGAGUCCGCCGUGCUCUCGGCGCCUCACCUGUCCGUGGAUCGAUACGGGCGCAGCCGCCAGGGAUGCUGCGAGCGGGUGGUGAUCAACAUUUCGGGUUUACGCUUCGAGACGCAGCUGAAAACUUUCAACCAGUUUCCAGAAACGCCUGGGGAUCCGAGGAAAAGGAUGCGCUACUUUGACCCUCUGAGGAACGAGUACUUCUUUGACAGGAACAGACCCAGCUUUGAUGCCAUCCUCUACUACUACCAGUCAGGGGGGCGCAUACGGAGACCUGUUAACGUCCCCAUUGAUAUUUUCUCCGAGGAGAUCCGCUUCUAUCAGCUCGGAGAGGAGGCCAUGCAGAAAUUCCGCGAUGAUGAGGGGUUUAUAAAAGAAGAGGAACGCGUGUUGCCCAAAAACGAUUUCCAAAAGCAGGUUUGGCUUUUGUUUGAGUACCCUGAGAGCUCGGGGCCAGCCAGGGGGAUCGCAAUAGUUUCAGUGCUGGUUAUUUUGAUUUCCAUUGUGAUUUUCUGCAUGGAGACUCUGCCCGAGUUCAGGGAUGAGAGGGACCAAGCCACAGUGGCACCCACAAUCAAUGGCACUGCCCCCCACGUGCAGAGCCCAUUCAGACCCUUCUUUAUAAUAGAGACUCUGUGCAUCAUAUGGUUCUCCUUCGAACUGCUGGUCAGGUUCUUCUCCUGCCCUAGCAAAACUACUCUCCAAAACAUCAUGAAUAUCAUUGACAUUGUGGCCAUCAUCCCCUACUUUAUCACUCUUGGGACCGAGCUGGCCGAGAGGCAGAUCAACAGCGGGCAGCAGGCCAUGUCGCUCGCCAUCCUGAGGGUGAUCAGGCUGGUGAGGGUCUUCCGCAUCUUUAAGUUGUCACGACACUCAAAGGGACUUCAGAUUUUGGGUCAGACCCUCAAAGCCAGCAUGAGAGAGCUCGGCUUGCUCAUUUUCUUCCUCUUCAUCGGAGUUAUCCUCUUCUCCAGCGCGGUUUACUUUGCAGAAGCAGACGACCCCUCGUCCAGCUUCACCAAUCCAGACGCGUUUUGGUGGGCUGUGGUCACCAUGACUACAGUGGGGUACGGUGACAUGCAUCCGGUGACCAUCGGGGGGAAAAUAGUGGGGUCUCUGUGCGCAAUAGCUGGCGUGUUGACCAUUGCCUUACCCGUGCCAGUGAUUGUGUCCAACUUCAACUACUUCUAUCACAGGGAGACGGAGGGAGAGGAGCACCCACAGUACGUGCACACGGACAGCUGUGAGCACCUCCCCUCCGAGGAGCUGAGGAGGUCAUGCAGCUCCUCGUCGCUCAGCAAAUCCGAUUACAUGGUGAUAGAGGAGGGCAUCAACAGCGCGUUCAAACAGCCCAACUUCAGCACCGAGAACAACCAGAACUGUGUGAACAUCAAAAAGAUCUUCACAGAUGUUUAA